ACCAUUCUAUCUAAAAAGCCGGAAAACGUUCAAUGUAUCUCGCGUGCACGAUAGCGAUAUGUGGUUAGUAGUUAAACAUUUUCUUUGCUUAACGUCCAAUUCGCUAAUUUUUUUCAUAUCAUUUUUCAUGUUGUUAAGCUCUUAAGAAAAAUGUUUUUGGAAUAAAUCUUUUGAAUUGACACAGUUUUUGCAUCAUUCAUACUAGUUCAGCCCAAAAAAUGGUUACUUAACCGAUACUGAUACAGAUUUUCACUCAUUUCGUCCGUACUGCAAACACCAAUAUAAGAAGUGGCCGGGACGUGACGCUCAGGACGCGCGAGAUGGUGGUUGGCCGCUGGUGGAGGCGAUUCGUGAUGCCUGUGGCUCUGCUGGCUCUGGCGGCCGUCGUGCAUGGGUGGACGCCCAGGAACGGAUCGCGCAUACAAAUCAACAGCCGCCCGAUAGACGUGUCGCAGACGCUGUUCGGCCACGGCCGCGGCCAGAGCGCCAUCAAGCUGGGUGUGCUGAAGAACCGGCUGAAGGAACCGGUACAGAUAUCCACCACGCCGGUGGCCACGACCACCAGCACGGAGCGGUUCCGGCGGCAGCCACCCACCGUGCCGCGGAUCAUGGCGCGCCGGCAGCACCAGAACCUCACGGUCGGCCUGGUGCUGCCGUACAAGUCGUUUGACACACGCAUCUACACCAAGGAGUUCUCGGGCGCCAUACACGGGUUGCAGCGCAACUUCAAGACCAGGAAGACCAACAUAUUCAAAAACUACGAAAUCCAUCACAUCAUCGACAUGAAGCAAUUGACGCCCACGCCCACAGCCAUAUUGGAUUCAUUGUGCAAAGAGUUUCUUACCAUGAACGUGUCCGCAAUAUUAUACCUGAUGAAUUACGAAAAGUAUGGCCGAAGUACAGCGUCAGCGCAAUACUUUUUACAACUAGCCGGAUAUUUAGGAAUACCGGUUAUAGCGUGGAAUGCUGACAACUCUGGACUCGAACGGAGAGCUUCCCGAUCUAGCCUUCAGCUUCAAUUAGCGCCUUCGUUAGAACAUCAGACAGCUGCUAUGUUGAGUAUAUUAGAAAGGUAUAAGUGGCAUCAGUUCUCAGUUGUAACGUCACAAAUUGCUGGACAUGACGAUUUCAUUCAAGCGGUCAGAGAACGAGUAGCAGAUAUGCAAGACAGAUUUAAGUUUACAAUAAUAAAGUCAGUGUUGGUCACCAAGAUCUCGGAUUUACAAGAGUUGGCCGACUCGGAAUCGCGAGUCGUGUUACUCUACUGUACCAGAGAAGAAGCGCUUAGAAUAUUGCAAUCGGCCAGAUCACUCGGGAUUACUGGUGAGAAUUACGUGUGGGUGGUGACCCAGAGCGUAAUGGAGAAUUUACAAGCACCGCAAUUAUUUCCCGUUGGAAUGCUUGGAGUUCACUUCGAUACGAGUAGUGAGAGUUUAGUAAGAGAGAUCACGACUGCCAUACGAGUAUUUGCGUAUGGCGUAGAAGAUUUUGUCAACGAUCCGGCCAACAUAAACGAAACUCUGACCACGCAAUUAUCAUGCGAAGGUGAUGGUGAAUCACGUUGGGCUACCGGUGAAAAAUUCUACAAGUACUUAAGAAAUGUCAGUGUCGAACAUGUAGAACCGGCAAAACCAAAAGUUGAAUUCACCGCUGACGGUGUUUUAAAAUCCGCGGAGUUGAAAAUCAUGAAUCUAAGACCCGGAGUUGGAAAUUCACUUGUUUGGGAAGAAAUCGGUGUUUGGAAAUCAUGGGAACGUGAAGGGCUUUAUAUAAAAGAUAUCGUAUGGCCAGGAGAUAGUCACACCCCACCGCAAGGGGUACCGGAAAAGUUUAAUCUAAGAAUUACGUUUUUGGAAGAAGCACCGUACAUAACGCUCGCACCACCAGACCCAAUAACCGGGAAAUGUAGUAUGAACAGGGGUGUUUUAUGCCGGAUGGCUCGAGACAAUAGCAGUAGUUCACAUCGGACGGACUCGGAGGCUCAUCGCAACGGUAGUUAUUUUCAGUGCUGUUCAGGAUUUUGUAUAGAUCUGUUAGAAAAGUUUGCCGAAGACUUGGGUUUUACAUACGAACUCAGCCGGGUCGAAGACGGCAAAUGGGGAACACUCGAGAACGGGAAAUGGAACGGUCUGAUAUCAGAGUUAGUGAACAGGAAAACCGACAUGGUGAUGACGUCGUUGAUGAUAAACUCAGACCGAGAAGCUGUAGUCGACUUCAGUCUACCGUUCAUGGAAACUGGCAUCUCGAUAGCCGUCACCAAGCGAACCGGUAUCAUUUCACCGACUGCUUUUUUGGAACCGUUCGACACUGCAUCGUGGAUGAUGGUAGGAGUGGUGGCGAUACAAGCAGCUACGUUUUCGAUAUUCGCUUUCGAGUGGAUGAGCCCUUCUGGUUUCGAUAUGAAAUCGGUUUCGCAAGCUCCGAAUCACAGGUUUUCCUUAUUCCGAACGUACUGGCUUAUAUGGGCGGUGCUAUUUCAAGCAGCGGUGCAAGUAGAUAUACCAAGGGGCAUUACAUCUAGAUUUAUGACCAACAUAUGGGCUAUGUUCGCCGUAGUGUUUCUAGCUAUAUACACUGCCAAUUUGGCCGCGUUCAUGAUUACCCGUGAAGAAUAUUACGAUUUCAUGGGAAUCGACGAUUAUAGGCUCAGUAAACCGCAUAGUCACAAGCCCAUGUUCAAAUUUGGUACCGUGCCUCAUUCUCAUAUAGAUUCAACCAUUCACAAAUACUUUCCGGAGAUGUUUAAUUACAUGAAAAGUUUCAACAGAAAUACCGUAACAGAUGGGCUCAACUCGUUACUCACCGCUGAACUCGAUGCUUUUAUCUAUGAUGGAACGGUACUUGACUACUUAGUGACACAAGAUGACGAUUGUCGUUUGUUGACCGUUGGUUCGUGGUAUGCGAAAACCGGCUACGCCAUUGCAUUUCAGAGAAACUCAAAAUACGUUCAGAUGUUUAACAAGAGACUAUUGGAUUUCCGUGAAAAUGGUGAUCUUGAAAGACUACAAAGAUUUUGGAUGACCGGAACGUGUAAACCUGAUGAUCAUGAUCAAAAUGCCACCAGUGAUCCCUUGGCCCUCGAACAGUUCUUGUCGGCAUUUUUACUGUUGAUGGGUGGUACACUGUUGGCCGCUCUGAUACUCCUGCUGGAGUGUUUAUAUUUUAACUUUUUCAGAAAGAAAUUAGCAAAAACCGAUCAAGGUGGAUGCUGUGCCCUUAUUAGUUUGAGCAUGGGUAAAUCGUUAACAUUUCGGGGUGCUGUGUAUGAAGCUCAAGACUUUUUGAAAUUCCGUCGUUGUAAGGAUGCGGUUUGUGACUCGCAGUAUCAGCUACUCAGAAAUCAGUUGAUGAGUACAUAUUCUAAAAUGAAACAAUUGGAAAAGGAACUGGAAUUGAGAAAACUAAAGUCGGAAAAAAGGAGGAAGAAAGCGAUGUCACCUUCCGCUAGGCUAUUUCAGUGUAUCACUGAAAACCACGAUAAAUAUCCGGAUAAAAAACAAUAUCAAUUUUCACCGGCAUCGCCACUAAGACAACGCGAUAUUGUGAGACCUAGCAUUAUUUCAACCGAGUACGCAAAUAGAUAUGACCAUGAACCUCUCAGAAAUCGCCGAAAUGGAGACAGUUCUGUAAUUUUGUUCGACGUGUAGUUUCAACCGCAGUCUAGAACGUACAUUAUGACCUUAGCUACAUAAAUAGAUUUAGAAUUAAAACAUGAAUUGUGAAAUAAUAUAUAAACUAUACUUAAGUUGGUAUUGUAAGUAAACACAGAAGAAACCGUUUAUAACGUUACUGUUCUACACGACGUAUAUAUUCGUACGACUAAAUCUUAUAUUUUCCUGAUAGGACGUUGAUCCAGAAGUUAACACCGGUACGAACAGCGUAUAAAUGAGAUACAUCAGUAAUCUUAAUGAUCCUGUCGGUGUCGUUAUAAACAAUUUCUUCUGUAAUAAUAUUAUUAUUUUGCGUCGCUAUCGUAAGCGUACGGAGAGAAAUGGAUACUGAAACUAUACAUGGAAAACAAAGCUCAAUAACUAAGAAAAUAAAUAAAAAUAUUAUUUUUAAACAGUUUUAAAAAGACAAUAAUGUAAUACA